UGCGUGCACAAGACAUUAUUCUAUAACUUUACUCCAUCUCUCUCCUCCCUUAUCCCGGCGACUAUUACAGUUUCUUUCGUGUUUAUGCUCUUUGUUUGAUUUCCUGCCUCCUUAAAGACUCCCAAGUUUCAAGGAGAAAGAGAACCGAAAGAAAGAAGAAGAAGAAGACCCUUCCGGCUGCUCCGUCCCCUACUGUACCGUGUAGCGAUAUUCACGCCGGCUUGAGUCAAAUUAAACCGGCUUUCACCCUUCUAAUAGUUGGGCUGUUUUCUUGAGGUACUGAUUCUUCUGAACGUCUGCUCUGCCCCUACCCCGCGCCCUUAUUUUUUCAUCUAAGAUAGCCGUUCCAACAAAGCAAUAUGGUCGAAUUUCCUUUUCCUCUUCCCCAUGAUCUUCUCUCCGACAUUGGCUACGUCAGUCCGAUCAAAGUAUAUCACUGGCUGGCGUCCGUCUUUUCUGGCAUACUAGUCUGCAUAAUUGUUUACAGAUUAACAGGUCGUAUUAGCCUCCUAUGCUUCAAGGGAUAUGGCAAACUUAGCACUGCACAAAAAGUUGAAUGGAACAACCGGGGAUUCUCGACAUUCCAUGCUCUUAUAGUAGCAUUUGCUUCUCUUUACCUCUUAUUAUUAUCAGAUACUUUUGAUGAGAACUCUGAUGGUGACUUACUAGUUAGGAGGACAUCGGCUUUAUCAGAUACGUUAUUGGGGUUCUCCAUUGGUUAUUUUAUAUCAGACUUGGCAAUGAUUCUAUGGCUCUUUCCAGCUCUAGGUGGUCUGGAGUAUGUUCUGCACCAUGGGCUAUCCAUGUUUUCAAUCUUUUUCUCCCUCAUAAAUGGUCAAGCGCAAUUUUACAUACUAAUGGUACUCUUCUCCGAGAGCACAACUCCUUUUGUAAAUCUAAGAUGGUACUUGGAUGUUGCUGGUCUGAAGAACUCCAAUCUUUACAUCUUUAAUGGUGUUGCAUUGUUCCUUGGGUGGUUGGUUGCAAGGAUUCUUUUGUUCAUCUACUUUUUUGCACACAUGUUCAUCCAUUUUGAUCAGGUCAAGAAAGUUUUUCCUUUGGGCUUCUACAGCUUGCUUGUGGUGCCUCCUGUGUUGGCAGUGAUGAACGUGUAUUGGUUUUGGAAGAUCGCCAAGGGUUUCAUUAAGACUAUUACCAAAGCAAGACACAGUAAAUGAGCAUGCUGUUUGCCUUGAUUUGCCUACAUAGAGUGGCACAUUCAGUGCUUGUGUUUGUACAUGUUUUCUUUCUUUUUUUUGUUGUUCUGGUUCAUGUGAAUAGUACAUGCUUUCUGAUCUAAACCAACAGCUGCAUUAACAAUGUUACAACGGGUUGAAAACCUUUUUGGUCAAA